AUGACGGACGUGCUUGAGUUUUUUGUUCCUAUACACGCCCGCGAUUUGGAGGAUCUAGAAAAAACUGGAAUAAAUCAAUACCAUAUUAGUGAGCCAUGCGAAUUUGAUAUUCAUCCGAGACAACAAUUAGAUGACUUGACGAGGAUUUUUGAUUGUCUUCAUAGGGAAAAAUCCCCCACAUCACUUUUUUCAAAACCAGAAAUAUUCACAGCCCUAUUUUCAUAUAUUAAGGCCAUUGAGAGUCCAGAGACUAACCAAACUGUUACUAAACACGCCAGACACAAGAUUUGUCAUGAAGUUUCUGAACGCCUGAAAAAGCUAUUACAAAUUUGUCUAACUUAUUUAAAAAAAAAAACUGAUGGUGGUGUUAGUGACGCACUGCUGAUUUGUUUACGCUCGACUGUAAAAAUGUAUGUCUUCAUUCUUUGUAAUAUACUGUUGUCUUCAGUGCCAAUGCCUGAGGAAGACGAAAACUUGUCUUACUCUUCUCAGCGGAGUACAAGAAGGCGAAAACGGACCAGAAGUGAGCAGGAUACAGGCAUUGGUGAAGAUUGCAGUGGUGUGGAUCAAGAUGGUCGUGAGCUUGCGCUUACCGCUUUGAUUGAUGUCUGUUCACCGGAUUUAUUUACUUUAUGGGGAGGUAAAAUUGAAGAAACCAUGCUAAAUCUGAUACUUCGUAUGGUGCUUCAUAUGAUAACUCAAAAAUCCAAUGUUCAGAAUGACGCUCAGUCUGUUUCAGGUGCACUUGCAGUUCUUUUACUCAGGGUUUGUGACCACAUUAUGGCCCAUGGAUCAGUUGAACCACGUGAUUUUAUUAUGCCAAUGAUAGAACUGGCCUUAAAAACGGAGUUUGCAUCUCAGUUCCUUACUCGUUUUGUUUCAGAAGCUGAAAGUGGGGAUAUUUCAAAUGAUUCUACCACUAAUAUUGUUACCGUACUAGUUGAAGGAAUGGCCGUUGCUGCACUUCAUGACGUUUCCGGAGAUGCUGGAGCCGCAAAAAAUAUGGCAUUGUUUUUUAGCGAGGUUGCAAAGCGAUGUGUAAGUAUCACUGUUCGGAUGGCCGAUGUGAUUGUCCAAACCAUUCAUAGUGAAAAUUAUGAGAUACGCAAAUCCGUGAUAACCUGUAUAACAGAGAUGGUUAUUCAAAGGUAUACGGGACCAAUGCGUAGUACAGAUGAUGAAGAAGAAACCAAGGAUAAAUAUCUUAGUGAAAUAUUAUUCCGCAUAAUGGAUUGUAAUCCAUUUGUUCGUAACCACACCAUCCAUAUGUGGGGACGACUCGUAGAAGCUCGAGCAAUUCCAAAACGUUUUCAUCUUGCUGUAACAAAUGCAAUUCUUGGACGAUUAGAAGAUCGAAAUCAUCUUGUCAGAGAUUCUGCACUUCAGGUUAUUGCUUGUAUUUUGCGUAAAAACUGGUUUGGACAAGUUUUAAACUCCUGUUUGGUUCGUGACAAACUGGAAGAAUCUCGAAUAACAGCAGCAAGGAUGUUUGAUUCUGAUGAUAUAUUUCGAAAGGGAUUGGAUAAAUUGAGAAGUAAAUGCCGACCUGUUGAAGUUGAAACAAAUGGUUUUUUUUGUGAAUCUGAAGAAAACGCAACAGCGUCUUUUCAAUUAUCAGACGAGCAGAGUUCCAUGAUAAAUAGGCUGAUUUUUUACGAAAAAGCACUUGAAUUUGCUGAAUUAAUAAAGAAGGCUUUGUGCCACGCUACCAUGUUACUAGAUAGUCGCACAGAACGUGAUGCCAUAGAGGCUAUCAAACUUAUUGUCGCGUGCAAUGAAUAUCACAUUGAAGGUUCAGAAAAGGCAUUUCUCAGAGUUCUAGUUAUGAUAUUUGAAGGGGAAAUUAAAAUACAAUGCGCUGUACGUGAUGCCUUUGUGGAGGUUGUGUUUACUGCAUUUGCGAAAACAUCAGCCUCAUCUUUGAUGCGAAAUAUGGCCAGUGCCCACAAGUUGAUUGGUUUUUUGCGUGGGGCCACGGAAGGUGAUGUCAGUGCUGUUGAUCGUAUUUUUGACCUGAUGAAAUGCAAUCCCUCCUUCUCACGGCUGCUAUCGGGUCAAUUUAUGGAUGCCGUGUGGAGUAUUGCAGAAGGAUCAAUGGAUCAUGAUGUUUCACCUACUGAUAGACGCACAGCUAUGCGGCUUUUUAGCCUUUUAUGCAAACAUGAUUGGCGAGAACUUUGUGCAAGAAAAGAGAGUAUUGUAGAGUUUUUGCGUUCAGAUGCCAUAAAAGAUAAUGUUCUUCUUGCGUAUUGUUUAAAGAGCUUAGAGAGUGAAUAUCAAAAUCCACAUUACCAACCGAUACCUGUGAGGGUUGAACCACGUGAGCAUGUUAUAUUGGAACAACUUGUGAUUCACCUUUGUCGACGCACAUCGAAAAUUUCUUCUUGGCUAAUGCUUGCGGAUGCUGCAGUGAAUGCCAUUCAUAGUCUAUGCGAAUCACCUGCUUUAGUAUACACUUACGUCUUGGAUUACAUCGUUCGCCGAAUUGAAACAGAACCAAAUAGUUUGACGCAGCUAUUUUUCUUAUUGGGGCGAACGGCAAUUAAACAACUUGUCGCCGUAGAUUCUGCGGAAAGACAACAACUAAAGAGACUUGAUGCAGAAGUGAUGUCCCAGAAGCCACUAAAUGAUAUAAACAGUAAUAGCAACGCGGAUGUUAUGCACAAAGAACUUGGAAUAGGGUCUCAUGAAUACAAGAGACAUGCUAUUCAGGAGUUGGCUCAAAGACGGAAGAAUGCCAUUAUGUCAGAGGGAUCAGUAUGGUAUCGAUACUCCAAGUAUGUUGUUGCAGCUUGCCGGGAAAAAUCCGAACAUUUUGGGGAAAAAGCCUUGGAGAGAGUAUGUGCCGUUAUGGCUCUUUCUGAACUUAUGGUUAUAAGCGAAACUUUUUGUGAACAGAACCUGAAUCUACUUUUUGCUAUUGUCUCUGAAAAACGCGAGUCCUGGGUGGUCAAGACGAACGCGGUGAUCGCCUUGGGUGAUUUGGCUUGCGUGCAUCCAAACCUGCUUGCUCCGUACCUGAAGGUGCCAACGACUGGAUUUUUUAGACUUCUCAACGAUGAUGAUUUGAGAGUUCGUGCAGUGACGAUUCAGGUUUGCUCUCACCUCGUUCUUGGAGAGAUGCUUCGAAUCAGGGACCAUUUGUAUACCAUUGUGAAGCUUGUCGCAGAUCCCGAUGAAACGAUUGCGAACAAUGCUAUAGCAUUUGUUCAGAACUUGGCCAUGAAGGAAAAGGAAAAAACAGGUAAUUUGAUUCCUCCACUUGUUGCACAACUGAGCCAAUCUAUACCUCCUGAUCGAUUUCAAUUGGCUAUGCGAUCCCUGCUUGAACGCGUAGAGGGGGAUAAACCGACGGAGUCCCUCAUUGAGCGAUUGUGUCUGCGCUUUGAGCCUUACUCUGAGCGCAGUAAAAGAAAGCUUCAAAUGGCGCGUAAUUUAGCCUUUUGCCUUCAUGAACUUACCUAUUCCACAGAGCGAUCUAUUAAGAAAAUAACCUCCGAGGCAUGCUAUCAGCAGUACAAGCAGUGGCUACGUGAUGAAGUUGUUUUGGACUACUUCAAGAAUAUAGCAGGAAAGGCCAAACGAGUUGGGCAACGCGUUGGGAAUGAGCGUCGUGACAAGGCUGCAAUUGAAGAGUGGGAGUUACGAAUGCAAGCGGACUCUUGUUCUUUGGAGGCUGGCUACGAGGAAACGCGUUCUGUCGCUUCAGAUGGAGAGAGAGAAGAAACUGAAACAGUACCAUGA